GAGACGAUUUAGAGCGGGGUUGGUCGUCCUGUUCGCGCCGACACCGUCGAACCCACCAGCCUCGCCGGCCCCACCGGCCCCACCGGCCCCUCGCCCUCUUUGCGUCACUUACUCUCCCCUGCACUGAUCCGCCCGGCCUCGGGAAAACGGCGUAACCGGUCGCCGCGAGUGAGAGACAUCGGAAGAGCGGCUCGGCGAGCUGUGUGCAGUUGCAGAAAUGCAGAGCAGGGACAAUGGAGGUUCCUCUUGCGAGGCCAGGCAUACGCAACCUGGACAUGGCGAGUGGAGCAGUGGACAGUCCUGGCACCCCCUGCAAUCCGAGAGAGGAGAAGAAGUGGGUGGACCGUGCCUGGAAUCUGAUGUUGAGAACAACACUGCCGAUUCAUACAGGCAGGAGUGGGUGAGGAUGUUUGACGAUCAGGAGCAUGUUUCUCGAGUGCGGCAGCGUGGCAUGAAGGGCCAGCUGAGAAGCAGCCGAUUCCGUAGCGUGUGCUGGAAGAUGUACCUGAAGUGCUUGCCGGAUGACAGAGAGUUGUGGGUGAAGAUAACUGAGGAACUGAGGCAGCAGUACGACCAAAUCAAGCUCAUGCACAUCACAAACCCCAGGAAGGAGGCAGGAGAGAAAGACUUGAACAUCAACAACCCUCUAUCACAAGCAGAAGAGAGUCCCUGGAACCGGUUUUUCCAGGACAAGGAACUGCGUGCAGUUAUUGAGCAAGAUGUAACUCGCACGUUUCCCGAGAUCCAGUACUUCCAAGAGGAGCGGGUGCAGGAACUUCUUACAGACAUUCUCUUCUGUUUUGCCCGUGAGAACGAGCAUCUGCUGUACAGACAGGGCAUGCAUGAGCUGCUGGCACCCAUAGUGUUUGUACUGCACUGCGACUACCAGGCUUUCCUGCACGCCACCGAGCUCUCCCAGGCCACCAACGAGAUGAGAACCAUCUUGAACCCGGAGUACUUGGAGCAUGAUGCUUAUGCCUUGUUCUCACAACUAAUGGAGACUGCAGAACCCUGGUUUUCCAACUCCGAGCGAAAGAAAUACAUGGGUCGUGACCCAACUGUGAACGCCGUCCCGUUUGCGCGGCCGCAAGACAACAGCCCCUCCAUUGCCAUCAUCACCAAGCUUAACCGUAUCAACGACCAAGUGCUCAAGCAGCACGACACAGAGCUCUACAUGCACCUGUUGCGCCUGGAGAUCGCACCGCAAAUCUACGGCAUCCGGUGGGUACGUCUUCUGUUUGGACGCGAGUUCCCCCUGCAAGACUUAUUGGCGCUGUGGGACGCCAUCUUCGCUGACAGUGCCAACCUCUCGCUUGUCGACUACAUGUUCGUCGCCAUGCUGCAGAACAUCCGUGACCCACUGCUGUCGAGUAACUACCAGACGUGCCUGGGACUGCUCAUGCAUUACCCUCCCAGUGGAGAUCUCCAUCAUCUGGUGCAAAAAGCACUUUUCCUUCGUGACCCUAAGAACAAUCCAAGGCCCAACAAUUACAAGUUCUCGGGCACUGUGGAGACGCCCAAGGCAUCUGCGAUCGUGCGGCACACCGAAUAUGCUGCCAGGGAGACACAGCAACGGCCAGCCGUCAACAUAAACAAAGUCUCUGCGGGACUGCUCAACUUGACACGCAAACUCAUAGGCCCUCCAGCAUCGGGACAGGCCACCAGCGUUGUCCCUAGAGCACGCCUGAUGACAGACACUUCCGUGCGUGUGCACCAGCAGCAGGAGCAGCAGCAGCAGCGCAUACUAAAAUCUGAGAGCGUGCCUUCACACCUCAGUAAGGGGAAGGUAGAGGCAGGCAAUGGGGAAAAGGCUCCUUUGCCUGCCGACAGCAUGGCUGGUGGCACAGGCCUGGGAUGGAGUGAGGGCAACUCGUCCCCAAGCACAGAAAGUCUGUCCCGUGAGGAGCCGAGGCCAUUGCCAUCCUCGCCGGCCGGAACCCGGGGGAAGGCGCUGUUCGGUAGCGGUAGCACACUUCCUCGGCCUCGCAGCGUCAGCAAGACUCGCAGGGAACUGGAGGAAGACCUGCAAAGCCAAAUAUCACUUCUGCAGGCCAAGCUGAUUGAAAUGCAGGGCAUGUGCCACUACUGCGCAGAGAAAUUGGACCAGCACCUGGCCAAAAUCCAGGAGGACAUUCUGCAAGAGAAUCUGCAGAGAGAAGAUGAGAUCCUGGUGUCCCUGGCUGGCAUCAAACAGAUUAAGGACAUCCUGAAGGGGACUCUCAGGUUUAACCAGAGCCAACUCGAGUCUGGGGACAAUGAGGAAAUCUCCAUCACCGACAACCACUACCAACCAGAUGGCAGCCAGGCUGCAGGGCCUGGCAGUAAAGUGGCCAAGGUCUCAGUGCCACACAGAACAGCUGAGGAUCCUUCACUCGGCCUUCAAAGCCCUCGCCCGAUCCGGCAGAACCUGCCCAUGGACAACCCACUCAUGGAAAUCCGACACGCUCGCAAAAGCACCCUGCAGGAAAUUGCAUAUGGUAUCGAAUGUAGUGAUGAAGGCGGGCAUGCCGCCCUGUCAAGUGAUGGAGGCAACGGCAACAGCAUGCAGAAGCAUCCCAUAGCUGAAAGCCAACACCCAUUGGGAGAUGGCCAAACCCUGCAGGGUGACGACCACCACACUGCUGGGCCUGUCCGCUCGCUCAUCAGCCCAGAUGAAGAGAGUGGCAGCAACACGAGCCGAGACUCAGACUUUCUCAUUGUGAGCCCAUUGGACCUGUAAUCUGCCACUGACCUUGCCACAUUUUCAGCUUUGGGUCGCUUUGUGUCCUUGGCUGCAGAAUUUUAAUGCAUUGGCUUGUCACACCAAGUUUGAAGAGGUUAAGUUGUGUUGCCUGUAACUGCAUUUGCCUUAAGUGUUGCAUAAUUCAAAUAUUUUAUUUUUAAUUGCCGGUUUUUUGUUGUACAAGUUCUCUGCUGUUAACCAUGAUUGCAUCUGCUGACUUUGCCAUACCAUGUGCUGAAUGUUAGGAGUGCAUCAUUUUAGUAAUUUACCAUGUAAUAUGCCAUUAGUAAUUGGGUGAAAAGUGAUAGUCCUUGGGUGCCCUGGCUGGUGCUUACACAACUGUAGUAUUAGACUUUUGCUGCAUAAAUAGAAUUUCACUGCCACUUUGCUAUAAUAAUUUUUGAUACUAACCUAUGCGGCAUGGAAUACUUGUACGACAAUAGUUGCU